GGAGCAGGGGAUCCCUAACCCCCAAGCUAACUCUACCCUAUGUCUCCUACAGGCCAGCAGCAUUAGCAGGAACUUGCUGAAAAGUGCAUGGGUUACAGAGCUGAAAGCAGGGCUCUGGCUGUCUACAGUCAGCUGAUGAGCAUAUCAGCCAGUCUAAUAGGCUGAGCAGUGUUUCUACAGUCUCUCACAUCUUUGCCUGUAUUGCCCCAGGCUCCAUCUCACCACGGCCACACAGCGCAGAAUGACAGAGCACGAGGACUUCGCCAGCUUGGCUGGAUACUGGAACUCCUCCAACAGUUACCAGUUCAGCCCUGCCAGCGUCAUCGUCCCUGUGGUCUUCUCCCUCAUCUUCCUCUUGGGCACAGUGGGCAAUAGCCUGGUGCUAGCAGUGCUGCUGCGCAAUGGGCAAAUGGGCCACAACACUACCAACCUCUUCAUCCUCAACCUCAGUCUGGCUGACUUCUUCUUCAUUGUCUUCUGCGUGCCCUUCCAGGCCACCAUCUACUCCCUCGAGGGCUGGGUCUUUGGCUCCUUCAUCUGCAAGGCUGUCCACUUCUUCAUCUACCUCACCAUGUAUGCCAGCAGCUUCACACUGGCUGCCGUCUCGGUGGACAGGUACCUGGCUAUCCGCUAUCCGCUGCGCUCCCGGGAGCUGCGGACCCCCUACAAUGCAGUGGCAGCCAUGGCUGUGAUCUGGGGCCUCUCCGUAGUCUUUGCUGGGCCCUACCUAAGCUAUUAUGACCUGAUUGAGUGGGAGUCCAGCUACAUCUGCAUGCCUGGCUGGGAGGAAUGGAGACGCAAGGUCAUGGACACCAGCACAUUUGUCUUCGGCUAUGUCAUCCCAGUAAUGGUCAUCAGCCUCUCCUACACCAGGACCAUCAAGUACCUGUGGACAGCAGUGGACCCUCUGGAGGACAUGUCAGAGUCUAAGAAGGCCAAGCGGAAGGUAACCAAGAUGAUUAUCAUAGUAACCAUCCUUUUCUGCCUGUGCUGGCUGCCCUACCACGUGGUCAUCCUUCGCUACCUCUAUGGAGACUUCCCCUUCAACCAGGCCACCUAUGCCUUCCGCCUGCUUUCCCACUGCAUGGCCUAUGCCAACUCCUGCUUAAACCCCAUUGUCUAUGCCCUGGUCUCCAAGCACUUCCGCAAGGGCUUCAAAAAAGUCUUCAGCUGCCUCCUGAGGAAGAAACCCCGCAACAAGGUCCAUGUGGUGCAUGCUGCCAACAUUGUGCCGUGUUUUGAGGCAGGUUCCACUGAAGUGUCCCAGAUGCACGAAGAGAACAACAGGUGCGAGCUGAACCCAGCCUCCCUGGCACUCCCCUCCAGUUCCUCCAAGCCCCUUCACAUUUCUUAAUAGCCAAGCUCCACGCUACCUGCUAGCUGGGCUGUGUCACCAGCCUCAGGCUACCCUUUCACACAAGAGGAUGCUGGGAAAGACAAGCCAGAAGGCCUGGCAUAUCCUGCUCUUGGCCUUGCUAUUUCUUCUUAUUUCACAGACCAAUCAUUCUCCUAAGCCAUCUCCCCACAGUAUGCUGCAUGCAAGGGCAGGGAUGGACCCAGACUUGCUUCUGCUCCUCAGCCUACCUGGACUUCAAGGACUAAAGCUCCUUGGGACCCCACUGACUUAGCUCCUCUCUUGGCUGCCAUCCCGCCAACUCCUUUGCUCAGUGUCCCCUGUUGGACCCACCACUCUGGACACAUUGGUUUGCUGUCACACAGUGCCUCCCACUGCCUCAACUCACCAGCCUGGCCCCCACAGCAGGAGUGGCAAAGGAGGCAGGCAGCGCAGGCCUGACAGGUGAAGGUGGUGCUGAAAGUGGCUGGCACAACCUGCAGAUGCUUACAGUGACGGCUUUGGCACAGGCUGCACCGCUGUCCCAACAGCAGGUUCCUCCCCUGGGGUGUGGGGUAGUCUGUGGGCUAUCUGCAUGCAUGGGAUGGUGCUGUACAUACCAAAGAGGUAUCUUUCUAACCCAGAGCAA